UAUGUCAGAGUAUACAGUCAGAGAUUGGUAACAUAAUUCAAGUACUUAAGAGACACCUCAUAUAGAAUUAAGUUAUGAUUUCUAUCACUCAGAAAUAUCAAAUUUAAAAGCAUAAGUCAAUCAAUUUUAAAAUUACAUCUGUAAAUUGGAAGAGCAAUAUAAAGAAAAGACUAGAAGAUUACAAAUUUAAUUAGAUGAACAGAUAAUGAAUAACAGGUAAUUGAAGCAAUAAAUAUUGACUUAUGAAUAAUAAUUAUAAUAAAGUGCAUACAGAUAAAAAUUAUUAUUCUCUGGUUAGUUGGAAACUUUAAUAAAUGAAUUGGAUUAAUUAACGUUAUUGAUGAAUCAAAAAAGCGAAAGAAUUUUAUAAUUAGAAUAUGACAAUUAAGCAUUAUUGAAUUAGAUUUAUGAAUUAGAAACAUCAAUUGAGUAAUAACAAUUUUAGUAUGAUCAUUUUGAUUAAUAAAAUUAUAUAAUGUUAAAUUAAGUGGAUUAAUUAAAAUAAGAGAAAAAUGAAUUAAUAAUAAAAUUGAAUGACUCUUAGAUAAUGAUUCAAAAGUUAACAGUUGAAUUAUAAUGUAAAUCAUCUUAGUUAUUGGAAAAUAAUAAACAAAAUUAAUUGUAAGAAUAGAUAAGAGAAGAAAUCACAAAGGCUUAAAUGACACAUUAAGAAUAGUUCAUAAAAUUGUUAUAACAAGAAAUUAUUGAAUUAAAAGAAUAAUUAAAGAGCAAAUGACU